UGUCUUUGGGAACAAUUACCCCUGAAAUCGCCCGAAGUAUUGCAUCGAGUCCAGUCGGAGCUGUUUUAACUAACUGAGGGCUGUGCUUCAGGAUAACGGCAGAGGAAACUUCACUCUGUGUCUGGACCUGCAGCAGUGAAACAUGGAGCCACCAGCGGGGCCCUCACUGGGGCCUUAUGACUACGACCUGCUGGUCAUUGGCGGCGGGUCAGGAGGCCUGGCUGUGGCGAAGGAAGCUGCAGGCUUGAGGAGGAAGGUGCUGAUCCUUGACCUCGGCGCUCCCUCUCUGAGAGGCGCCAAGAGAGUCCUCGGAGGUUCCACUCUCAAUGUCGACAGCGUCAGGAAGUUUCUACAACAUUCGUCUCUCCUGGGAAAAGCCCUUCAAGACUCUGAGAAUUAUGGCUGGAAGUUGAAAGACCACGUGUCUCACAGCUGGACGCAGCUGGUGGAGGCGGUGGAGGAGCAGAGGAGGAGGAGCAGUGAGGAGCUGAGGAGGGAGCUGAAGAGAUGUGGAGUCUUUUACCUGAAUGCUCGUGGAGAGAUCGUAGCUCCUCACACAGUGGAGGCUACAGAAGUGAGCGGGAGGAAGAGGCGCGUGACAGCUGAGACUCUGGUGGUCGCUACAGGAGACAGACCUCAGUACCUGGGCGUACCUGGAGGCGCAGAGUUCUGCAUCACCAGUGAGGACCUGCUCUGCCUGCCUCGCCCUCCAGGUCGGACCCUGGUGGUGGGCGGGUCAGCAGAGGGGUUGGAGUGUGCCGGCUUCCUGUUCGGCCUCGGCGUGCAGGUCAGCGUCAUGCUGCAGCCCGACGUGCUGCCGGGGUUCGAUCGGAAAAUGGCUCAGAAGAUAGAAAACCACAUGCUCGUUAGUGGAGUGGACUUCCUGUAUCACUGCUCGCUGGACAAGGUGGAGCAGACUGAAGGUAGCAGUGAUGACUUCACUUCAGAAACUCUGCAGCCGGUUUCCAGGAAGGCACUUCGAGUGACCUUCAUCACUAAGGAAGGUCAAAGUGAACAAGAAGACUUUGAUACAGUGCUGCUCGCUGUUGGAAAGAGGGCCUGCACCAGUGACAUCGGCCUGGAGUGUGUCGGGGUUCAGAGCAGACAGGACAGUGGCAAAGUCCUGGUGAACGAGAGGGAUCAGACCGGUGUCGAUCAUAUUUAUGCCAUCGGCUCGGUGCAGCAUGGGCGCCCCUCCACGACGGGCCUCUCAGUGCACGCUGGGACGCUGCUGGCCCGUCGACUCUACAGAGGAGACAGCAUCUUGUGUGAUUACACCAACGUGCCCACUGUUGUGCUCACUCCUCUGGAGUACGCUGCCUGUGGUCUCUCAGAGGAGAGAGCCAAUCUGACAUUUGGAGAAGACAGCGUCGAGGUGUAUCACAGCUACUACUGGCCUCUGGAGUGGGAGCUUCCUGCCAGGAAUAAAAACUCCUGCUACGUGAAAGUCAUCUGCCACAUCCCUGACCAGGAGCGAGUGCUCGGUCUCCACGUCAUGGGCCCCAACGCUGGAGAUGUCCUCCAAGGCUUCGUUGCAGCCAUGAAAUGCGGUCUCACUAAAGAACAGCUGGACGCCACAGUCGGAAUCCACCCCGGGUCGGCCCAGGUGCUCACCUCUCUGACCCAAACCCAGCGGAUGUCUGAGGCCUUGAUGGUGAGGGGCAACUGCUGAGGUUAGCCCCCCCCCACUGCUGUCAAUCAGACAGCAGGGGCGAUCUGCAAUCACCCUGCAGAGCGACGGCAGCAGGAUGGUCACCUGACCCUCUGAUGACAUCCUCACCUGAAGCCUCAGUGACAGGCGGGCGAGGACCGAUGCUCUGCUGCCCACACGCUUCCUCUUCGUGUGUGUGUGUGUGUGUGUGUGUGUGUGUGUGUGUGUGUGUGUGUGUGUGUGUGUGUGUGUGUGUGUGUGUGUGUGUGUGUGUGUGUGUGUGUGCACAUUUUUUAGGUUUGUGUGCAUUUUGUAUGAAUGGUUUUCUUCGAGGAUUACUUUGACAUAUACAGUACUUUUAAUGCAUUUUAAUGGCUCUUAACUAUAAAGCAGUGAAGACGCUCCCUGAGGUUCUGGCCCUGAAAGCCCCUGUAAGCUUUAGCUGACUUUUUUUAAAGGCUGCAGGAGAACGAUAAGACUCUGGGGUUUGAUGCAUUUACAUGCAGCCGAAGCUCAGACUUAUACGCUGUGUUUUUAUUGCUCUGGUUGAGCCUCGGGGGUUUUACAGCCUUAAUUUCAUGUAAUGAACUAGACAGGGGGAUUAUGGAAUUACCCAAAUUAAUAGUGUUUAUCUGUGAAUCCUCGGCUUUAAUGAUGCAUUUGGUGCGUCUACUGCGACAUUAGGCCAGAGUUCCUGACGCUCUCCCUUGUUUGCGUUCUCUCUUUUAUAUUCUCUCUCUCUGAUUCAGAGCCGCCAAGCAAAGCAGCGCUCUUCAAACAACUGUUGAAUAUUCAUGCCGAGUCAUUAAGUGAAGUGUCUCAUACAAAUGAGUGCAGGGACAGGAGUGCAGAUAUUUUAAAAAGGCAUGCCGCUGACCCUUCCCGAGUUUCCCGCGCCAACCUCUGCCCUGCACUCUGCAUUCAAAUCAGAAAAUGUUGGUCUGUGAGCGAGCAACAUGGGUGUGCCCCCCCCCCGCGCGCGCGCGCAAAGGGCGUCAUUCUCAUUCUCCGGGUGUAUCUGCAACGCGCUCCCAUCCGUUCCAUGUUAAUGUCCCCACUGUCAUGCUUUGUGUGUCGUUUCCCGACGAACACUGCAGCUACCAGAUGCAAAUUUUUCUCAAGAUCUACCCUCCAGACCACCUUCUGGUUCUCUCCCUGACAGAGCCGCUUGUGCAAGGAAGACAGAUCUCUUAAUUAGAACAAGUGCACAGGACUGUGUCUCUUCUGGCAUGUGCCUGAAAAUGCCAUUAGAGCAUAAUUCGAUCAAAGCGGAGAAGCUUCGGUGACUUUGUGCGAGUUUCGCGGCAAGGUUAAGAUGCCGCAGGAGAGCUCUAUCUAUCACUGCCUGCUGAGCUUGGACGGAGUUCAGGAGUCUCUGCUGACCUCUGUGCAGUACCAGCGGCUACCACUAGAUGGCACUGCAGCUGUAUGUGGAGGAGGUAGAUACACUUAACUGUACUGGAGAGACAAGAAUAAAAUGAUACAAAGAUG